AUGCCCGAGACUCCGGCCCGCCAGACUCGGGAACCUGCGGCCAAGGGCAAAUCCCGCAAGACGGAGCCAAGCACGGCACCUAUCCGAAAGCGCCGCAAGAGAACCGUCGUGAGCGGUGCUCCCGAUGACUGCUUUGCAUGCGCCAAGCGAGGGGCUCGGUGCGACCGGCGCCGGCCCUACUGCUCCCAGUGCCUCGAGAUGGGUCGCGAAUGCUCUGGAUAUAAGACUACCCUGACAUGGGGAGUGGGAGUUGCCAGUCGAGGCAAGCUGCGUGGUCAGAAAUUGCCUGUCAUGGAGGCGGAAGGGGAUUCGUCGGCGAGUGGCUCCAAAGGAGCGCAGCAAGCACCUGCAUCGAGCAGCCAGAGUCCGCCCUCGUCGCAAAUACCUUCAAAUCCGCCUCCGCUAUCUGCUGCGGUACCUCUGACCGGGAUGACUGCCCCCAUGAUGGAGGCGCCGGUGCUGAACUCCAUUGAGUCAGAUCCGAGGCAUCUAUCCGCCAUGGCGAUGGUCCCAGAUAUGCCAGCAGGCAUGUCAUGGGCCAUGGACAUGCCUGAUCCACAUACGUGGUCCAAUAUCUCGGCUGCGGCACCCCAAAUAUCUGGGCUUCCUUUACCUAAUCGACCAAUAGUCGCCAAUCGCUCCAGUCCUAGCAUCAAUUCAGAGGCCUCAAUGCACUAUGCACCGACCUCGAGCCCCGAGGCCAAUUUCACCGCUCCCGUGUGGCCAGUCGCCCAAAAUUGGCCGGCCCCAAAUGCGACAUCGCCAACACAAGAUGUGGACGAGGAAUAUGAACGAGAAGACUAUAAACGCUCAAUUCUGUGGGAUUCUGGUCAUAGUCCGUCAUAUUCGCAGAUGCUUCUGGCAAGAUCAGUCGGGCGCACCCCGCGUCUACGAUACCUGAUCAGUUAUUUCGCCGAAGUCAUUGCCCCUAUGAUUGUUGCCUUCGAUACUCCUUCAAAUCCUUUCCGCAUUCAAAUUCUCCGCCUGGCUCAGGAUAGUCCCGCGUUGCAAGAGGCAAUUGCUACAUUGGCGACAAGCAAUCUGCGCCAGCGCCGGGAACGAAAUCAUACAUCCACCGAGCGAACUUUGCCUGCACGCAUGUCUUCGAUGGCCCAUCGAGCGCUGACCGACCAAGCAUUCCAGGAUCGAUAUGGUAUCUCAGUUCCAGAGGGUUACGCUCGGGAAGAGAAUCACCAUCGCGGAAUGGCCGUGAAGGCCUUGAAUGCUGAUCUGGCCGACCCUCGUCGCAGACAGUCGGACUCGGUAUUAGCAACGCUACUGAUUCUUUGUCUGUUUCACGGUUGCGAUACUGGUGUGGCCGAGUUUCGGACGCAGUUUGCCGGAGUCACGCGACUACUCGCUAUCCGCAUGCGCCAUUCUCCUAUCAUAUCGGACGAUCUCAAGUGGUUUAUUCGCAUGUUCUCGUGGUUUGAUACCUUGACUGCGACCACGAAUGAUCGUGAUGUGCAGCUUCGCGGGAAGUGCUUGGAGAUCAGCUCCAUCACCGACGGAGAAUGGGGUCUCGAGAAUCUGGCUGGCUGUGAUGGCCGUUUGUUCAAGUUGAUCUCUCAACUCGGCCGUCUGAAUCUGCUCAGCCAGGACCAACAGCCGACUGAGUCUCGCCCUGCCGAUGUAACCACUCCCACCGCAUCUCUCCCUCCAAAUAUGGUGUUCCCUGGCUGGAACACCGUCACUCCCGGCGCUGUCCCUGGGUCCGUACCAUAUGGCUCCUCAAUACCUACUCCCCCGCAGAGCAGCGAUCAGGCUAGGAAACCGUCGUCUGCCGCAUUCUGGACCGAAUGGUAUUCGCUCCGACAACGCCUCGAAUCCUGGCGAUUCGACCCACCAGCUCAAGCCUCUUUCCCCUCUCCACCUCUAUCCAAUUCACACCUAUCCUGGAGUCCACACACCUUUAUACCCGCCCCCACCACCCCCUCGAUAUCAUACCAAGUCGCCCCAGAGAACCUCCAGGAUAUCUACCAAAUCUCCGAAUGUUUCCGACACGCCGCACUUCUCUACUGCGAACGCCUCGCCGAACCAAGCCUCCCCUCCCAACACCCACGCAUCCAACAUCUAGUCCAUCUCGCCAUGCACUGUCUCUGCGCCGUUCAAUCAGACGUAUACCUCCUCUGGCCCCUCUUCAUUGUGGGCUCGGAAUGCGUACAGGAAGAUCAUCGGGCUGCCAUUCGCGCCCGCUGUAAGGAUAUCUCCAAGGACUCGGGCUUUGUAAAUAACCUCUCCUGCCUGGAACUGCUGGAAAGGAUCUGGGCAGAUCACUCGGACGAGUCGUCGUACCCCGUGUAUCCGUCUGAGAUGGGCCCGCCGCCACUGGAUGGUAAUGGGAGUCCAGCUCCGUCACAAGUUUUCCGUUGGUCUCGCGUGAUGCAGGCUAAACGGGGGGAUGGAGAGUACAUGGUGGUGUAA